AUGAAUGAGUAUUCAAACAAUCCUAGGACCAACCUUGAUAAUUAUCAAUUUUUAAAUUAUUCAUUACUCAAUGAGAUUGAUAAUUUGUCAAAAUAUACACCAGUUUGUGAUUCCAAGUUUACUUACAAUCACAAUUUUACUUACCAUCCUAAUCCUGAUCCUGAUCCUAAUUCUAAUCCUAAUUACAAUACCAAUCACAACUGCAACCACAGUCACAACCACACUGAUAAUGUCAAUCACAAUAUGAUUUAUUACAAGAAAAAAAACUUCUUGUACAAAACUGCAAUUUGCAUUUCAUAUUUCACUGGUCAACAAUGCAGAUUUGGCAGCUUUUGCAAUUAUGCCCAUUCGUUGGACAAAAUUCGACCCAUCAAUGUUCCGUGUGGAUAUAAAACCAAGUUAUGUUGCAACGAAUACACAUAUCUCUGCAAUUUCAAACAUUGUUUUUAUCUUCACUACGAUGAGUGA